AUGGCCAACGACAAGAAACAGACGGGCUUGGCUUGCCAGAAAUGCCGGACACCCAUCGACAUCGAUGCCUCUAUUGACCAGCUCAAUCCGGCAGCCUUCAAGCUAUUGACUGACUCGACAGUACCAGGAGAACAAACAGCAUCAAGAAUCUCGCCCAACCGCCAGUCGCGCCCACCCAACCCUCCCGAGCACCUCAAGACGUAUCAAGAUGCAGCCAAAGAUGCCAGAAACCCUACCUUCAAACGCAACAUCCAGGGCGCACCGCCUUCGGGACGCUCAAAAGGCGCCCAAAACCCCGCCAUGUCCUUCAUCGACGUCCACAUGUCCGAGUCGAUGAUAGACCCACCCUCAUCCACUUCCCGCAGUCCAGCUCGUAAACCACCAGCCAGCAGCGACAAGCCAAACGCAAAUGACAAGGCACGGCGGAAGAGUUUUACAAACAGUCUAAGCAAUGUACCAGGCGGCGCAACUCUAGCAGAUGGCUUAGAAACCACGAACCGGCUCUUCGAGAUCCUCUCGGCUCGCUCCGACAUCGACCACCCCAUCUGCGUAGAAUGCACCGACCUCCUCAUCGACGGCCUCCAAAAGCGUCUCGGCGUCGCAACCCGCGAACGCGACGCCUACGUCGACUAUCUCCGCCGCGCAAACACCGACGUGCCCUCCGCCGACGAAGUCAAACUCGCCGAAGCCGCCCUCACAUCCGCCCGGAAAGCAGAAGCAACUGCUAUAACGCAGCUCGAGGCCCUCGAGCACGAAAAGGCCGAACUUGACAACCAGCUUGCGGCCCUGGAAGCAGAGUCGCGCAGUCUUGAUAUCGAGGAAAGCGAGUUUUGGAAGUCACGCAACGAGUUUAACACCCAGUUGACCGAGAUACAGAAUGAGCGAGAUGCGCUGGCCACGCGGUAUGCGCAUGAUGCGCAGGUCCUGAACCAGCUGCAGAGGAGAAGUGUGUAUAAUGAUACGUUUAAUAUUACGCACGACAACCAUUUUGCUACUAUCAACGGCCUGAGGCUAGGAAGACUGCCGAACCCUUAUGUGGAUUGGCCGGAGAUUAAUGCGGCGUGGGGACAGACUUGCUUGCUACUUGCUACACUAGCCGAGAGACUAGGCUACAAGUUCGAAGGGUACGAGUUGUGUCCUAUGGGGUCUACGAGCACGAUUACGAGGCUGGAAGCUAAAGGCGGCGGGAACUUGACGGCGACGACGACGACGGCAGCCGAGUCGACGAGGAAUGCGGGAGUCCACGGCGCGACGAGUGCAAAUGCGCCGCAAGUCUCAAAACACAGACUCGAGUUGUACUCUUCUGGCGACUUUCCCAUCAACUUUGGUUUCUUGCACCGGAAAUUCGACACGGCUAUGGUUGCGUUCCUCGAGUGCUUACGCCAGUUGGGGGAAUUUGUUGAAAACUCUGCUACUACCACUACUUCUCCGCCAGGCCAGAGUAGCCUGGCGGGUCCUGGUGGGCCCCAAGGUGUCAAGAUGCCGUAUGAGAUUCGCAAGGAUCGCAUUCACGAUCAGAGUAUCAAGUUGGCGUUGAAUAAAGAUGAGGGGUGGACUAAGGCAUGCAAGUAUACACUGACGUGCUGUAAGUACUUGCUUGCGCAUGCAAAUAAUGUUGAGAGUAUGGGAGUGAGGAGGAGGUAG